ACGGCUCUCAUCAUACUGCACAGCUGUGUGCGUGCGGGGAUCCGGACACGCGCAUGCUUCUCUCUUUAAUUGAGGAAUCCAGACAGUGUGAGGGACUGAUCUCGGCGAUUAAAGUAUAAUAAUCUGUAACGGACGCAUAUACUUAGCAUUCACCUCACAGGAGGGCAUUCCUUUAAUUUCUUUAGCAACAUAAUAAAAUAAAAUGGACAGCUCAGACAAGGAGAACAGGUCGGAUGAAGAAUUUGAAUCACCCGAGGAAGAAGAGGUGGACCCGAGAAUCCAGGGAGAGCUUGAGAAGCUGAAUCAGUCCACAGAUGACAUCAACAGAUGUGAAACUGAGCUUGAGGAUGCCAGGCAAAAGUUUCGCUCUGUGCUGAUGGAAGCCACUCUAAAGUUAGACGAGCUGGUGAAGAAGAUUGGGAAAGCGGUGGAGGAAUCAAAACCGUACUGGGAGGCCCGGCGGGUGGCACGGCAGACUCAGCUGGAAGCACAGAGAUCCACACAAGACUUCCAGAGGGCCACAGAAGUACUGCGGGCGGCCAAAGAGACCAUCGCCCUGGCUGAACAGAGGCUGUUGGAGGAUGAUAAGCGGCAGUUUGACUCGGCCUGGCAGGAGAUGCUCAACCACGCAACACAGCGAGUGAUGGAGGCCGAGCAGAUAAAAACACGCAGUGAGCUACUGCACAAGGAAACUGCUGCUAAAUACACUGCCGCCAUUAGUCAUAUGAAACAGCUGGAGAAGAAGCUCAAACGCACCAUCAACAAGUCUAAGCCCUACUUUGAAAUGAAGGCAAAAUAUUACUUGCAGCUUGAGCAACUGAAGAAGAAUGUGGAUGACCUCCAGACCAAGCUGACACAGGCUAAAGGGGAAUACAAGUCAGCCCUGAGAAACCUGGAGAUGAUCUCUGAUGAGAUCCAUGAGCGCAGACGCUCCUUAGGCAUAGGCCCGCGGGAGAGAGGCGUGGGGGCAGAGGGUGAUGGUGGUUUUGGUGAAGACUUGUCUGGCUUUAAAUUGGAGUCUGAUGGAAUUUCAAUGGCAUCUGGGUCCUACGAGGAUGAAAACUGCAGCACCAGUGCCAUGUCCAUGGAAGACUCAGAGACUCAGUCCAACAGUAGCAUCAGUUCUGGGCCGAACAGCCCUCUGGACUUGCCCUGUCCUUUCUCCUCCUCCUCAUCUGCCUCUGGCUCUCCGACCUCCACCUCUCCUACCCGUUCCUCUCGCCCCUGCAGUCUGGACCUGCCCAGCACCGUCUCUUUGUCUGACUUUAGCCUGAUGUCUCCCAUCCUCGGCCCACGCAGUGAAUGCAGCGGCGCCUCCUCCCCUGAGUGUGACCUAGAGAGAGGUGACAGAGCAGAAGGUGCCGAGGCUGUAUUGGACAACGUUCUCAAUAACAAUAGCAACACCAAAACAACCUUUGGCCUAGAUAGCCGUUUCUGCCUGCUGUCUCUAAAACUUAGCCAAAAUGAAAGCAGAAAAAACAUUGGCGGAGACCCCCUGGGUCUGGCUCAGCACACCGCCCCAGUCACAAUCCUGCUUGAUGGGAUGUGACUGCAAUGCCUGCUACACCAAUGUAUCUGAUGCAUUCAUCCACAUUCCGUGCGAGAAGCACUGGCAGUCACCCGUCCUCCACUUCACCAGUAUGUCAUCGCAGCCCAUUCCUCUCACUGUCUAGAAUGUUCCACCAUCUUUCAGACUGAACUUUCACUCGAUCUUACGGGUGUGAGAAAAGCAAACCGUGACAAUGUGCUGAGGAGACAAAUCUGCCAUUUGGAGGGGCAUAUAACUGAGUUAAGCUUUGAAAAGAAGACAAACAUCUCUGUAAAACACAAUUAACGUUCCAGAUCUAGAGAGACUCAAGACACUUAAGGAUGGCGUUAGCACUUGUCUUUUUACUUAUAAAAUGCAUAUGAGAUUCAUUAUGCUCUAAAUUUAUGCCACUGGUUGUCUUUGAUGUCUUUGUAACUGUGUCAUGGAAAAUAUACAGUCAUUUGUGUGGCAGUAUAAUGUUACAACCAUUACCGAGUUCUUGUAUAUCAAGGACAUCGGCGCAUGAUCUCGCUUCAGCCUGAUGCUCAACAGACUCGCCGGCACAUGCUUCAUCAAGACUUCCAUCUUCAAAAACCUCCAGAGGAGCUUCUGCGUUGUAACGGUGACUUACAAGGAAGUGAAGCCAACCACCUGCAUCACAGGUCACCACCUCAAUGUUAUCCAGGGAACUGGAGCAGCUACGGGCUGAUCCAUACUGGUCACUUUCACCUUCCUCCAUAAUGUGAGGAAGCUUCUUCACCUUCCACCAAAUCCACCGCAUGCCACCCAAUUCUCUCUCCAUGUAAAGAACAAUCUUUUUCAAUAUAAAUAGAAAGAGAGCAAUAGAUUCAGAUUCACUAUGUUGUUGUGCAAGACAAUGGUUCAGAAAGUAGCAUAAAAAGCUGGACUGCUGUACUUGCAACUGUUGCACUGUGAGGGGGGCAGAAAGCUUUUGGGAAUGAUUUGAUGGGUCUCGGUGGGGGAUCUGCUGCACUGAUGAAGAGGACAAUUACUGAAUGUUCCAUUCAGCUUCUGCGUGCAGUAGCCACAGAUUUUGAGACCGAUGGCACAGCUUCAGGUCUAGUAAGUAGGCUGUGUGGUGUUUUUGUGUGACCUUGUGUCUCAUCUUUUUCUCUAUUUUUUUGGCCUUUUCAAACAUUCUUCUUCCGUUUGUUUUGUUAGUUCUUUGGUUAUUGUCAUUUUGAGAACUGAUGGUGAGGAAAGAAAACUUGUAGCAGUAUUUAAGUGAUUUAUGGCGUUUAGUCAUUUGUUGUUUACAAAGCUUGUGUAAUUGUUUGCAGACUGAAAUAAAAUGAUACCUGAAAUGA